AUGGGGCAGAGUUCCAAGAACCAGCUUGUGGAAGACGCCAAGAUGGCGGCAAGCAGGUCCUCCAGCUUCGCGCAGUCCAGCACGAAGCCUUCCCUGGCCUCUGGGGCCGCCUACACCACCAGGAAGGACCCUGCCACUCAGCCACCAGCGCGCAGAGCCCGGACCUCCCAGGACAGUCACAGCUACAGAUGGUCACCAGCCAGGAGCUCUCCCGACAGACAGGACUUAAGCUGCCGGCCAGGACCGAGCUCCCUAGGCCAUCAUGCACCUGUGUCCUCGGCAGCCAGGGGUCCCAGCCGGCCACCAAAGCCCAAGGUGGGCCCCAAGCAGCCCUGGCUCCACUACUGCCACGUGUGCAACAUCAGCUGUGCAGGGCCGCAGACCUACCAGGAGCACCUGGAAGGGCAGAAGCACCGGAAGAAGGAGGCGGCACAGAGGCCGGAGAGCAGCUCCUCGCUGUACUGCGACCUGUGCUGCGUGUCCUGCACCGGGUCAGAUGCCUACGAUGCGCACAUCCGGGGAGCCCGGCACCAGAAGAAGUUCAGGCUGCACACCAGGCUGGGGAAGCCGAUUCCCACCGCUAAGCCCAUGCCUAGGAGCAGCUCCCAUGCCCAACACUGCACCUCCCAUGAGGACUCAGGGGGAUCCGGUGUGAGCAGCCCCGAGGAGCCCGCCCAAGCCCCCAGACGGCUGGCCUCCACUGUGCGAAUCGUGGGGCCUCUCGAGCCACUGUCAGCUGGCAGCAGAACCCCGGAGGGGACAUCAGGACAGUUCAAGGCACAGGUGCCUGGAGAGAUGGCUGCCUGGAGGGGUUCUGCGGAAGCCACUACUGGGGUCUGGGUCGCGGAGCCCGUGGGACAGGAGUUCGUGGAGGAGGUGUGCAGCGACCAGGGGAAAGUGAUCCGCUACCGCUGCAGACUCUGCGAGUGCAACUUCAACGACCGCAACGCUCAGGACCUGCACUUGCGGGGGCGGCGGCACCGACUGCAGUACCGGAGGAAAGUGGACCCCCGCCUGCCCUUGGUCGCGGGGCCUGGCCGGCUGCGGCGGCUGCAGGAGGAGCAAGCACGCAAGCAUCGGCAGCUCGUGCAGCGGCAGCUGGAGGAGACGCGGCAGCGCUGGCGGGCAGAGCUCAGCCACUGUGAAGCACACUGCAAGGACCAGAAGAAGGAGCCACGGCCCCAGGAUGAGGAGCAGCCACUCCGGGCUCCCACCUGGACCCUUCCAUCCCCUGUGGACAGGCCAGCAACACCUGCAACCCGGGCCCAGGCCAAGCGGCGGCGCCUGGAGACCAGCGAUGACCGCCACGUCAUGUGCAAGCACGCAGCCAUCUACCCCACCGAGGCAGAGCUGCAGGCCAUCCAGAAGGCUGUGUCGCAUGCUGAGCGGGCUCUCAGGCUGGUGUCCGACCUGAUGACUGAGGAGGACUCAGAGAACUUGGGCAAUGAGGGCAGCCAGUGCAGCGUGGCAUCCUCGCCACGGAUCUUGAAGGGCGUCAUGCGGGUCGGCAUCCUGGCCAAGGGCCUGGUCCUGCGGGGUGACCGGAACGUGCGGCUGACCCUGCUCUGCUCCCAGAAGCCCACGCGUGCCCUGUUGCACAGAAUUGUGACACGGCUGCCCCAGCAGCUCUUGGUGGUGACUGACGACAAGUACGAGGUCUCCUCCGACCCUGAGACCAGCAUUGUCAUCUCCUCCUGCGAGGAGCCCAGGGUGCGGGUCACCGUGUCUAUCACCUCACCUCUGAUGCGGCAGGACCCCUCUGCGGACCGAGAGGGAAAGGAGGAUGAGCAGCCUGACCCUGACAUCCUGAGCCCUGAGAAGUGCCUGGAGGCCCUGGCCGACCUUCGCCACGCCAAGUGGUUCCAGGCGAGAGCCAGCAACCUGCAGCCCUGUGCCAUCGUCAUCAGGGUCCUGCAGGACCUCCGCCAGCGAGUGCCCACGUGGGGGGCCCUGCCAGCCUGGGCCAUGGAGCUGCUGGUAGAGAAGGCAUUGAGCAGCGCAUCCCGGCCCCUGAACCCCGGGGAAGCCAUGCGGCGGGUCCUGGAGUGCGUGGCCACGGGCGCACUCCUGGCAGAUGGGCCCGGGAUCCAGGAUCCCUGCGAGAAAGACCGGAUUGAUGCACUCCACUGCAUGACCUUGCAGGAGCGGGAGGACGUGACGGCCAGUGCCCAGCACGCCCUGCGCAUGGUGGCCUUCCGGCAGAUCCACAAGGUCCUUGGCAUGAGCCCCCUGCCGCCUCGGCCCCGCUUCCGGAAGAGGCCACGCGAGACCAAGGCAGAGGAGGGUGCGAGGGACAGAAAGAGGGGCCGGCAAGGUGGAGAGGGGCCGCUGUGAGCCACCGCUGGCCCAGUGGAUCGGGCUGCUCCGCACACCUGGGCAGGCCUGGCACUUGGGCACCGCUGGCUACACACCGGGGGGCACAAGUGCACAGACCAGCUGCCGCAAGGGGGCAUUUCUCUUUUUUAGUUUUAUUCUGUCCCUUUCUUUCCAAAUACCUGAGAAGUCACACUGGGUGGUGGCCCCAGGGACAGCUCCCUUCCCUAAAGCCCUGUCCCCCCAUGGUUGAGACCUAAAUGCUGGUAUUUCUUGGUGGCUUUAA